GACAGUGGUGAGAAUAGUGGCACGAAACACAAACAUUGCAAAAGUGAUGCAAAAAAUCGCAAUUUAUAGACAUUAUUAGUGCUCCCAGGAACGUGAUUUGCAUGUCAAUAGCCACGUGGACAGUCCAGGUAUAUGUGAAGAGUGAAAAAGUGCAUGAAGAAAGUGAAAUAGCAAUGAAAUAGGAAGUGUUGUUUGGGCACAAUAGUUGAGGGCAGUUUUUCAGACUCUCUUGUCUUCUUCUUAAUUUACCCCCAAAUUUGAUGGCAAUUCAGUGUAACUUUAUGUGAUUGAGUACCAAAAAUCGUGGGCAGAAUGAACUGGGGAGAAAUGCAGAUGUUGCUGGUGCUUCUCUGCCAUCUAACUGCACUUGUCUGGGGCAAUGAGACUCUUCCGGCAAUUGAUAGGUACCGGCGGGCUGCAAUUGCUGGACCACGUCGGCUUAUUGACGAAGUCGCGUGUCCGGAAGUGAGUAAGAUGUGCAGCAAUCUGCGCUCAGGCACUGAUGAUCUGUAUGUGCUGGAGUGCAUUCAGUCAUUUACGCCGGAACAGUUGGAAUCUCUGACUGAUACCUGUAAACACACAAUCUGGGAGCAUACGUCAGAUAUCAUGCGGGAUGAUAAUGUCCAGCGACUGACGGUAAAGACGUGUGGGCAGGAUGUUGUGGAUAAAUUGGACUGCAAGGUCACUGAAGAAAUUGGUCACUUCCUGGCUUGUAUCCUGGAUCACAGGGAGGAAGUGACUAGCAGCACCUGUCGGGGCUUUAUCCAGCGCCUCGAAUGGGUUGCCUUCUCUGACUUCCGGCUCAUUGGGCCCUUCAUGCGUGACUGCGAGAAGGACAUCAUUCAGCUAGGCUGUGGACGGAUUCAGCUGGAUCGCACGAAACUCUCGCAGGGCGAGACUCUAGCUUGCCUGCAAUCCCAAGUGGACAAGCUGAACAAUAAGUGUCGCAAGGGUGUCCUUCAUCUAUCAGAGAUGCAGUCGGACAAUGUCAAAUUCGACCGGCAGCUCUUCCUUGCCUGUGUCAAGGAUUCCGAAAGGUUCUGCCCGCAAGCUCGUCCGGGAUCCGGGGCAGUAUAUAAAUGCCUCAUUAGGCACAUUAAUGACGUCAGCAUGUCUCAGAAGUGCCAAGAGCAACUGACACGGAGGGACAAGCUCAUCGCUCAUGACUACAAGGUCAGCAGAGGCCUGGCCAGAGCCUGUCGCGAUGACAUUCGUGUCUAUCACUGCCGGAGGGGUGUCAGCGAUGAUAAAGAGGUGCGCUUGGCUCAAAUUCUGCUGUGUUUGGAGGCGGCACAGAAGAACAGUUCCAAGAUAACACCUGAAUGUCAGGCUGAAAUGAUUGACCAUCGCAAAUUGCUGAUGGAAGACUAUAAGUUGUCCCCGGAAAUCCUCACUGGUUGCCAGGAGGAUAUUACAAAAUUCUGUGGGAACAUUGAUUCUGGCAGUAAGACCAUUCACUGUCUCAUGGAUCAUGCUAGGCCCAAGAGGAAGAAGGAGAAGCGCGUGUCGGCGACGUGUGAGCGUGCAAUUGAGCAGCUGGUGAAAGUGGCUGAUGUGGGGGAGGACUGGAGGGUGGAUCCGGUGCUCAGAAAUGCCUGUAAGCCUGUGGUGGAUGUGGCAUGCAGGGACACAGAUGGCGGAGAUGCCAGAGUAAUGUCAUGCCUGAUGGAGAAACUCUCCACGAAUUUCAUGACGCAAGACUGUGAAGCAGCUCUGCUGCAGAUUCAGUACUUUGUGGCCAGGGACUUUAAGCUGGAUCCUCAGCUGUAUCGACACUGCAAAGAUGAUGCUGUUCGAUUGUGCCGUGCUAAGAAAUCCUGGGCUGAUGUUACCAGUGAGCAGAUGGACCCUGAAAGAGGUCCUCUGAUCCUUCCAUGUCUUCACAGGUACGCCUACCACCCAUCUCCGGAAAUGCACUUACGACCAGAUUGCUUCCAUGAGGUCAAGAGGGUCAUGCGACAGAGAGCUAUUUCCGUUGAUCUUAUUCCAGAAGUCGAAGAUGAGUGUUUGGAGGAUUUGGCUGGAUUUUGCCAUGAUCGAACGGGAAGAGGAGAGGAGAUGCAAUGCCUUCAGGAUCACAUGGAUAAAUUGCAGAAGAAGUGCAUGCAGGCUGUGAUUAAUUUCACAGAGGAGGAGGCAGCACACGUUGAGCUGAAUCCUGUGAUAAUGAUGGCAUGUCGGAAUGCCAUGGAGAGACAUUGUGAUGCUAUUCUCAAGAGUGGCACGGAUGAGGGUGAGAUGAUGGAGUGUCUGAUAUCACAUAAGAAUGAUCCAGACAUGAGAGAAGAUGUCAAGUGUCGUGCUGCAGUGGAACAUUUUCAGAUAAUUUCCCUCAAGAAUUAUCACUUUACAUUCAAGUUUAAGGAAGCGUGCAAGAUGUAUGUUAGUCGCUUUUGUCCCAAAAGCAACACAAAGUACGAAGUGGUGGCGUGCUUGAGCGAGAAGAUGAGAAAUGACACUAUCAAGGAGCAGAAGCAUUCAAUUUCAAAGGAAUGCCGGCAACAGGUGCGGAAUCAACUCUAUCAGCAAAGGGAGAAUAUUGACUACGAUCCGCGCCUCAAGAGUGUCUGUCGUGAGGAAAUUGAUCAACUCUGCUACGAAGUACCCAAUUCCGGUGGUCAGGUGAAUAAGAACCGAAAUGUGCUGGAGUGUUUGCAGAGGAACAGGGAGAAAUUGAGUCCACCUUGUCGACAUGCCCUGUUCAGUGUUCGGAGGUCUGAAUUGAUGGAUAGUGCCACGGACUUUGUCCUCAUAAAUACCUGCCGGGAGAUGUUGCAUCAAUACUGUCCGCGUGUGGAACAAUCCAAUGCACUACAGUGUCUGAAAGUGCAUCGAGAAGAGCCAAUGUUUGAUCAGAAAUGCCACUAUAUCGUUGUCAAUCGGAUGAUUGAGCAGAAUCUCGACUAUCGCUUCAAUCCUCAGCUUCAGGAAGCUUGUCGAUCGAACAUUGCUACCUACUGUACGGAUAUCGUGGCUACGGCUAAGCAGAAUGAAGAGUUGAAUGGAAAAGUUGUGGAUUGUCUGAAGGAGCAAUUCCGUCAGGGUAAAUUAACCACGGAAUGCAAGAACCAAAUGACUCAGGUUCUAAUGGAACAGGCCCUCAACUACAAACUCAAUCCACUGCUGCAGAAUCUCUGUCGCAAGGAAAUCCAGGUGCUCUGUCGACCAGGGGAUGAUAUUGAGGAUCACGGAAAGGUCGAGGAUUGCCUCAAGGAAGCCUUCCUCAAGCAGCAAAUUAUCACGAAGGAAUGCAAAAUAGAAGUGGCUACUUUGAUUCAGGAAGCCAAGGCAGACAUUCAUGUUGACCCUCUGUUGCAGCAAGCUUGCACCUCGGAUCUUCUCAGAUAUUGCUCCAAUGUACCCAGUGGAGAUGGAAGACAACUUGGUUGUUUGCAAACAAUUUUGUCUGACCAAUCGAGGGCCCUUGAGGAGAAUUGCAAGGAGAAACUUCUGCAGCGCGUGGAGAUGUUCAAGAAUGCCGCUCCUCUUGUUGCAGCUCCGGAAAAUUUAUCAGAUCUUUAUACACAAGUGUCAUCGUCACCGGCGAAAAAGUUCUUCUUUAUAGCCUUCCUCACCUUCGUUGGAUUUAUCUUUAUCUUUGGACUCUUCUGUGGACGAGCCACAAGGAGGACAAUAGCCAUGAAAAAUAAGUGAAAUGGUCGAGUUUGGAUAUCAUGUGAGUUUUUGGGAUAUUUGUGAUUUUUUUUCUCAAGGGGUUAUUUUUUAUAUGACAAAAAUCUACCCUUAAGACAAUUUUUACGUGAAAAGGAUCUUUUGAAGGAAUAUAAAAACUUGCAGAGAAAUAUUUCUUGUACAGUUUUAAACAUUAACUCUGCCAUGAUGGAAAACUCUAUAUAAUUAGCAGCUUCCUCAGGAAAUAAAAAAAUAGAUCUCCCGUAGAUAAUGAUCUUUUUAAAAGAAGGGUUAAAUGUAACAUUAAUUGUGAAUUAUUGUUAUUCAGUUUAUGCAGAGACUAACAAUUUAUUUAGCUUUUAUUUUUAUCCAUCAUGAGUAAGGUGUUUCUCGAAAAAAGAGUCAAACUUAAUCAAAGAUUUGUCUGAAUGUAAACUUUUGAACCCUUCACUAAAUGUAUAUUUCCAAAAAAACAAAAAAAUAAUCUCUAGAAUUUUUUUCGAAAUUGUUUGUAUUUUAUAGGGAAUCAAAUAAAAAUUAUAAUUGUUUGACAAGUAUAUUUGUACAAAAAAUAAAUGCAAGUCAAAGUC